AUGGUUUAUCUUACACUUUACAAGGUCUCGGAUGUUAUGGACCAAAUUAUAGAUGACUUCAACAAGCUCGAACAGUUUGAAGAGCGACAGCUACACAUAUCUCUUGCCAAUUCAAUUUUUGUUCAUCUAGACAAGAGCAAGGCCCAUGCAGCGCAUUCAUAUCUCGAGAUUACCAAAAUUUUGGCACAAGUAGCGACCAUACAGCGCCAAUUGUCUCUUCCAAAUGUCAGAGAUUUACCAGUUGUUCGUCUGUGGCUCUGCGAACUUGAGCAAAUGAAAAAAGCUGCAGAUGAAUGUAUUAGUUUGGGUCUGAAAAUCAUAAACUCGACCGAAAUCAUCAAGCUGCGUGUUUUUGAUAAAUUGCAUCCUUGCUGCAUAAACCAAGAACAGAGAUGCACAGACCCGAAGGAAGCAUGGACACAUGUUUACCAGGUCUACUAUCUGCACAGGAAAACAGCUUCCUUAAUUUCCAAGGUUGAUGCAGCGAGCCCAGUUCUUCGGAAUUUGUAUCAGAAGAUCAAUCUGCACUUGCUAGCUAUGGAAAGCAUGGAGGAUCAGAUGGGUGUAAAAAGACAGCCAGUAGACUCUACAUGCUUGAAAAAGAAGAAUAGUCUUUCGAGAACACUCUCCAAGAUAUCUCGGGGACUUCUGGGUACAAAGAGUCAAACAUGA